AUGACUAGGAGGUCCAACAAGGACAACCUAGUUGAACAUCCAGAGAUAGACAAGCUUGAGAAGCAACUUAGGAAGCAAAAAGCCCAAGAGAUGGCCGACGAAGCAGCUCGCGCUCACGCCGCUGAAGUGGCGCGCGCUCAAGAAGAAGGAAGAGAUCCACCUCCUCCUCCUCCUAAUCCACAAGACCUGCUGGAGAUAAACCCUAUCCAUCCACCACUUCCUGCAAGGAAUGACUAUGAGAUCAAGCCUCAGAUCAUAGCAUUGGUUAGACAGAACCAAUUCAAUGGACUUCCAGCUGAGCAUCCUCUUGAUCACAUAGAAAACUUUGAAGAAAUUUGCAGCACUACAAGAUCCAAUGGAGUCUCUGCUGACUACCUUAAGUGCAAGCUCUUUUCAUUCUCUCUUGGCGACAAAGCUUCAAGAUGGUUGAAGUCUCUGCCAGCUCACUCCAUUACCACUUGGGAUGAGUACAAGGCCGCUUUCAUCAACCACUUCUACACCAAGCAAAGAUCAAUUUCUGUAAGGAACAAGAUCUCCAACUUUCGCCAAGCCAACAAUGAAUCUUUCUAUGAGGCGCUAGAUCGAUUCAAGGAGUACAUUAGGGACUGCCCUAAUCAUGGUUUCAAUGAGGGAAACCUAUGGAACAUCUUCUAUCGUGGCAUAGACCACAAGUACAAGCUUUCAUUGGACACUGCAAGCAAUGGAAACUUCAUGACCAAGACUGUUGAUGAAGCUAAGGUUCUUAUUGAGAAUCUUGCAGCUAGUGAUUGUAACAACUGUCCUGAUUAUGACCGCUCAAGCCGCACCACUACUAGCUCCCCUGAUUCUUUUCAAAUGACUGAACUCAAGAACAUGAUGGCUCAAGUUCUUAAGGGACAGCUCAAGCAUAUCAAUGCAAUAGAAGGGAUGAGUGAUGCUAAUGAAGACCCAUCAAGAGAAUGCAUGGGAGAUUUCUCUAAUGAAGCCAAUGAAGAAGAUGUGAACUACAUUGGAAACUAUGGGAACAAGGGAUACAAUCCAAGCUAUCGCCCAAACCCCAACAUGUCUUAUAGAAACCCCAAUGUGGAGAAUCCUCAAGACCAAGUGUAUCCUCCAAGGUAUCCACAACAACAAAGACCUCCUUACCAAUCUCAAGGAAGUCAAUUUCAGCCAAGGCAAGGAUAUGAGCAGAGAUCAUCAUAUCCGCCCAAGGAGCCAUAUGCUUCUUCACCAAAUCAAGCUCCUCCAAACCAACAAGGUGGGAGAUUUGAAGGAAUCCUCCAACAGAUCAUGGAUGGCCAGAAGAGAAACAAAAGAGAUGUAUGA